GGACCGGGGCGGACCGGGCGAUCCUGGCGGUCCUCGAGCAGCCCGUGCCAAGCGCGCGGCACCCGAUGGCGCUGGGGAUCCAGCGCCCGCCUGUGCUCCGAGCGCAGUGCCUCUGGACGCGGGGAGAGGGCGCUGCCUCCUCCCGCCCGCGAGCUGUUUUCAUUCAUAACUUUCCCCGGCCGGACCCGCCGCCGCUCCGUGCCCUUGAGGCCUGGGCGCGGGGCCCAAGAGCCCGGCGGUGCUGCCCACAGUGCUGUCUGCGCGCACCAGCUUCUCCCUGGGCGGGUGCGGGGCGCCUAGGUGCUCCGCCAGAGCGAACUUGCUUGGGAAUGCCCUGUAAAAUGCGAAUUAAAGGCAUGCCUGGGGGUUUCAUUACUUAAGCCAUUCCCACGUCUUCCUUUCUUGUGGAUGAGACUUGGCACAUUUAAAGUCUUCGUUUUGGAGUUUUAAAUUUUUAAAAAUAGAUAGGUCACGGGAGUAACGAUUGGCCGUUUUCCAGUAUCGUUUAGGACUUCGGCACUAAAGCCUGUUGUCACGGAUGUUUCUCGUGUGAGGAGAAGGUAGAAUAAACUAGAGGGCCCCCAAGAAGCUAAUACAUAUGUAGUCUGGGAACAUUAGUUAGCAUCCGUAGCAAGCUGUCUCUCCUUGAGACUUUUUUCUAUUGGCACUGGGAAAUUGCAGAGGGGUGUCGUCUUGAAUUAGGGUGCCUCUGUGGGUUUGGAGGGCAUUUGUGUGAAAAAUAUCCUACAUGCCCACUGCCCAGAAACGGAAACGUUCAGCGUUUGGUCUGUUUUAGGAAGAAUACGUUAUACAUUGGAAAUUAUUUCUUGAUGUGGAAAUGUGUUCGUUGUCUCAAGAUAUUAGUGUAUUUUAUCACAAAAAGUAGGUCGAUUCAGGGCUUGUUGAAAAUCAAGGUCUGCCGUGUAGAUGAAUGGAAGGAAAUAAAGAUAAUGCAGAAAGACCAGGGUUCCUUCCCCUGCUCUACAGGCUUGUGCAUAAAAGUUGUUCUUGUUACGUGAGUGAGCCUUGUUUAACCUUUCAAGAAACUUAAACCUCAGGUUUGUGUGUGUGUGUGUGUGUGUGUGUGUGUGUGUCCCAGUGCCAGGAAGACAGCCAGAGCCGCAGCCUUCUUCAUUCCUUGUAGAUUCUUUUUCUUAUCUCACAGGUCAGUGAUGAGCUUUAGAUCCUGACUCUGCCGAAAACGGCCAUUUGAGAUUCCACGUGAGCUCGGAAUAUCUUCAGUGUUUUGGAAAUUGCUUUGAUUAAUUUUCUCAUUAAUCUAAAGCUCUUAACAGCGUACAAAUGGCCAAGAGGCCACAGCACUAAAGCCAUUCUUAAUCGUUGAAAAGUAGCUGACAUUUUCCCUACGUGAACUGCCAGUGAACUGAUUGUGAACUCUCCGAGAACAGUUCCAGGGUGCACACUGAAUGCUCCCUUCGAAGGCAUAUUUCAUUUUAAUUAUUUGUUAGGUUUGCAAACAGGAAGACAUGACUUCCUCUGCUUUUUAGAAGCUGGAGAACAACUUUUAAUUUUUAUGGCAUGAGGUCUUUUGCUUGCCUGCUUCCUGUGAUGUGGUCCUCUACAAUCUUUUUUGGAGUUGGACUCCUGCCAGGAUUCUGCAUCAUUGAAAUCAGCCGAUGGAGGCGAUCAUUACCAGGAUUUCCGAUGCAUGCCAGGUUUCUGCUGACUGCCGGAAUUGGAGAUCACUCCACAUGGAUCCCCCAAGCCAGCAUGGCAGCCACACUUCGCUAGUGGUGAUUCAGCCACCGGUUCUGGAAGGGCGGCACAGGUUAGACUGUGACAGGGACACUCAGCCUGCCGCGAUUCUGUCCCUGGACCAGAUCAAGGCCAUCAGAGGCAGCAAUGAAUACACAGAGGGACCUUCAGUGGUGAGAAGACCGGCUCCUCGCACUGCACCGAGACCCGAAAAGCAGGAAAGGACUCAUGAAAUCAUACCAGCCAAUGUGAACCACAGCUACGAGCACCGACCUGCCAGCCACUCCGGCACUGCCAGGGGCUCGGUGUUGAGCAGGUCGACCAGCACCGGAAGCGCAGCCAGUUCAGGGAGCAGCAGUAGCAGCAGCGCGACUUCUGAGCAGGGCCUGUUGGGAAGGUCUCCGCCCACCAGGCCCAUCCCCGGUCAUAGGUCAGAUAGGGUCAUCCGGACCCAACCCAAGCAGCUGCUUGUGGAUGACUUGAAGGGUUCCUUGAAAGAGGACCCCACCCAGCACAAGUUCAUCUGCGAACAGUGUGGCAAGUGCAAGUGUGGAGAGUGUACAGCCCCUCGGGCUCUGCCCUCCUGCCUGGCCUGCAACCGCCAGUGCCUUUGCUCGGCUGAGAGCAUGGUGGAAUAUGGGACCUGCAUGUGCCUGGUCAAGGGCAUUUUCUACCACUGCUCCAAUGAUGACGAUGGGGGCUCCUACUCAGAUAACCCGUGCUCCUGUUCACAGUCCCACUGCUGUUUCCGAUAUCUAUGCAUGGGAGCCCUGUCUUUAUGCCUCCCCUGCUUGCUCUGCUACCCUCCCGCCAAGGGCUGCCUGAAGCUGUGCAGGGGUUGUUAUGACUGGACCCACCGCCCUGGCUGCCGGUGUAGAAACUCCAACACUGUCUAUUGUAAGCUGGAGAGCUGUCCCUCAAGGGCUCAGGGCAAGCCGUCAUGAUUUCUGGAGGUGGAUUAGACCUGAAUGUCCAGCUUCCAACUGUGGCUGUUAAGAAACGUGGUAUUUCUUCCCGUCGGUCUCUGAUGCUCCUCAGUAGGAGUGAACUGUGAAACUGCACCCAGCUUGCUCCCACCCCACCUCAAGGGUUCUGGGAGCUGGGAGUGCCUCUGGAGCCUUUGUGUGCUGCAUCAGCCUUCCCACUGUGUCUGUGAGGAUGUAUGCACGCCCAGACUUGGCUGAGAGAUGUUUGGGGUCGGGUACUGUGGGAUCAGGGACUUGGUUUGGUUUAUUAAAAAGUAACCAUGUAAGUGCUUAAAUAAGCUAUAUAUUAAUCUGCCUCUGAUGAGAGCUAUCUUAGCCUCCCAUCCCCAAGUCCAAUGGGAGGGUCUACUUCUUAGAACACAGUUCGCUCGGCAGCAGCUCACUGCCCUCCCCUUCCAGCAGCCCUCGGAUUCUCCCCACAAUGCACUCUGGAGAUGCCAAUGGGUCAUCCCUCCUUACCGCCCCUUUUUGGUCAUAGUUCUGGAUUCCCUCUGCAGCGUUGGUCUUCACAUUAGAGAUGAUGGUGGCUAAUCCUUGUUCCACCUCUAGCGCCCCUGUCUGUGAAGGCCUUCCUUCCCUUCCCACCCCCUCUUCACCGAGGGCUGUUGGUAACUGUAGUUGAAAUUCCUGUCUGAUCCGCCCCUGGGCCUCUCAGAGCUACAGCUCCGUAAGGUGCCUUUGGCCUCUGACUGGCCUUUUGACUCUUAACAGCUGGGUAUUUCCAAUCCUUCCUGUGUUUUCAUUGCCUUAACCACAAGUUGUGGUGCUUUUUGUAUAUUAUAUGUAUAAAUCAUAAAGUUGAAUCCUGGCUAUUUUUAAGACAAAAGUCUGUUAAACUUUUUUUAUUGUAAAGAAUAUUUAUUAUGCGAAUCUCUAUUAUUUUAUGAUAUUUAUUGCAAAAGACUGUUGAAAUAUACUCAUGUCUGAUUAUAACAUAUCACUACUUCCUGAAAAACAAGGUGACUCAAAGAAAGUACAUAAAGUACAUAUAUGUUAACUACAAUGGAGAAAAUAUAUCAGUUAAUGAAACUGUC